AUGUCACCUGCAACGAACAGGAGGUGCAAAAUCACUAUGUACGAAAACUUCAAAAAGCGCGUUGGCGAGGGAGUCGAUUCUAAGACGGUACAAAACACAAUGGCGAAUGGUGUAACUGAGGAGCUCAGAGCAGCAAUGGAUGUUGCUGCAAGUGUUAAGAGCUUUGAAGCUCGCCUACAGGGAUUAGAGCUGGCUUUGGGGGCGACCCAAGGACAAGCGGACCUCAGCGGCAAGCUGAUAGGGCUGACGAGGCAGCUAGAGCAGCUGUGUGAGAGGGGGUUCGAGUUUAAUACGCAGCUGGCCGUGUAUUUGGAGAAGUUUACCGGGGAUUGGCAGCCUUCUGAGGAGACUAGUAUCGCUUUUAUGUCGUGUUAUGAUGAUAUAGAGCGGUUGGUACGCGGACUACAGGAGUUGCGAAUGUGGCACCGCGACGACUUUGACAGGGUCUUACGGGAGUGUGCCGACUUUACUGGCGGUCAGGCAUGGGAAAUGAAUGUUUCAGCGCUUCCAGAAUUAUAUGCUCGGUGCAACUGGCUCAUUGUGCGAUCUAUGCACGUGACCCUAAGGUUUUUGCGAUUGAGUCGCAUGGAGAACGAGUUCAGCUGCGAAACGGAGGCCAAGCUACUAUCGCUGAAGCGGAAGCUUCAGAACUGA